CAGCUCAACAAAAAUCUCGAUUUUUUUACGAAAAGCGAUUUCCAUUUGCAAAGCAAUCACUGAAACUAUUGCAGACGAUUUCUCGAAAUGUGCGGAGGAGCUGUAAUCUCCGAAAUUACGCCGCCGGCGGGCCUAUCGUCGCGCCGCCUCACCGCCGAUUUGCUAUGGGGCAGCGCCGCUCUUAGGAAGAAGAAAAGUAAUUGUAGCUAUUACUCAAAGCCGCUCAGAUCCAAGCCUUUCGUUGACUUCGGCGAUGACUUCGAAGCCGAUUUUCAGGAUUUUGAGGACUACGAUGAUGAUGAUGAUUGUGAUCAGGAGCUCGAUUUGAAGAAGCAGUUCGCCUUCUCUGCUCCGAAAAACCUUGGUGUAAAAGCUCAUAAAUCUCUUGACUAUGCUGAAUCUGAUGAGGAUGCGGAGAAGUCCUCGAAAAGAAAGAGAAAGAAUCAGUACAGAGGGAUCCGGCAGCGUCCAUGGGGGAAAUGGGCUGCUGAGAUCCGUGAUCCAAGAAAAGGGGUUCGAGUGUGGCUUGGCACUUUCAAUACUGCUGAGGAAGCUGCAAGAGCUUAUGAUGUUGAAGCUCUGAGGAUCAGGGGUGAUAAGGCUAAGGUCAAUUUCCCUGAUGAUGUUCCAGUCUCUGCGGCUUCAAAGCGCACUGUUAAGGUGAGCUCAAGGAAAGCGUCUUCAAAUGAGAGCUUGAACUCGGAUUCCGUGCAGCCUAAUCUGGACCAAAACAUGAGUUUCACCACCAUGCUCAGCAACGACUACUAUGAUUCAUUAGGCCUCAUGGAAGAGAAGCCACAGAUGAAGCAGUAUGGAUACAGUGAUGUGGGGCUAAAACCACGUACACCCUCAGAUGGAUCCAGUGUUUACUUCAGCUCCGAUCAAGGAAGCAACUCUUUCGACUGCUCAGAUUUUGUUUGGAGUGAUAACUGUGCGAAGAAUCCAGAAGUGUCAUCUGUCCUCACCACUGUUGUUGAGGAUGAUGAUCAGGCUCUCGAUUCUGAUACUCCUUACCCAGCAAAGAAAGUGAAAACGAGCCCUGAAAAUGUGGUGCCCCCUGAUGAAGACAACAGCUCUGACCUCUCAGAGUUUGAUUCCCAGAUGAAGCUGUUUCAGAUGCCGUAUCUUGAGUGCAACUGGGAUGCUUCCAUAGACGCCCUACUCAGUGGGGACACGAAUCAGGAUUGUGGGAGUGCAUUGGAUAUGUGGUCUUUGGAUGAUGUUGCAGCCAUGACGAGUGGUGUCUACUGAGAUUGCAUCGACUCUUUUGCUUUCUGUCUGUAAAUAAGGCUGCAUGUGUGUUCGUUGUCGGGUUGAUGUACGAGAACGACAGUGAAGCGUGCACAAGCCAUCAGUGCUGUUUUAGCAAGGCUCGCAUCCUAACCGAGGUGUACAUAGCAACUUAAAUUUUAGCCUGCUUUGUGUUUUUUUGAGACCUUGGAACUGAGAUUAAUUCCGAAUUUAGUCAAUGUUUGUGGACCA